GAACAACAGAUUGAAAAUUCAUCAAAAAAAAACACACAAGUAGUCGGCGCGAAUUUGCCCAUGAGUGAGGACGUAAAAAGUUGGUUUUAUCAAGAAAAAUAUAAAAAAAAGCUUUAAGCAAGAAACAAAAGUGAAAUCUUAAAAGCAAACAAGUGAUAAAACAUUAGAACGAGAAAUAAUAAAGGGAAAUUUUUUUUUGAAAAAAUAACUCAAAAAAGAAAACAAUCUAAAAAGAAGAACGAGAGAUAGAAUAGAAUAAUAAAAAAUGAGUCAAUCUACAGUAUCUUGCUUGCCAGUACAAACUAAAAUGUCGAAAGCAAAAAAAGUCUUGGAUGAAGCGCGUGAAACACAAAAUCGUGAAAUCGAUUUGGUGGACAAGGGCAUUAGCUCCUUUGAGGAGUUGCCGGGAUUGUUCAACAUGGCCAAUAUCACCCGUCUGACAUUGAGUCACAACAAAAUCAGUGUCAUUAAUCCUGGUAUUGCCAAUUUACUCAACUUGGAAAUCUUAAAUCUCUCCAAUAAUCAACUACGUGAACUGCCCGUUUCCAUCUCUUCUAUGCCUAAAUUGCGUAUACUCAAUGUAUCGAUUAAUCGUUUGGAUAGUCUUCCUCGUGGCUUUGGUGCUUUUCCCGUUUUAGAAGUACUCGAUUUAUCGUACAAUAAUCUAAAUGAAAAAGGUUUACCCGGUAAUUUCUUUAUGAUGGAAACCUUGAGAGCCUUGUAUUUGGGUGAUAAUGAUUUCGAGUAUAUACCCAAGGGUUUGGGUAAUUUGAAGAAUUUGCAAAUUUUGGGUUUACGUGAUAACGACUUGUUGGAAUUGCCAAGAGAAAUUGGUGAAUUGGCACGUUUGAGGGAGUUGCAUAUUCAACAUAAUCGCUUGCAGGUUUUGCCUCCUGAAGUGGCACAAUUGGAUUUAUUGGGCAGCAAAUCGGUGAUGAAAAUGGAAGAGAAUCCUUGGGUACAACCCAUUGCCGAACAAUAUUUAUUGGGUAUUAGCCAUGUCAUUGAGUAUAUUAAAACAGAAACUUAUAAAAUUAUUUACAAUCGCCAUAUGCAAAAUGGUCGUGGUGGACCACCACCACCCAAGGCUGAUAAGAGCAAGAAGGCUUCCCGUGUUCGCGCUUAGAGGUUUCCAAAUAAGCAACUUUAAAGUGCCUUUUUGUGUUUCAUUAAAAGUUUAGCUUAUUUGAAUGCGAAACUUAUUAACAAAUAUUCAAUUGUGUCAAUUUGUAUGUGUUUUUUUGUACUAAUAAUUUUAAGCAUUUAAGAUAAUAACGUAUUUUUUUGUAUUGUUAACAUUUUAAUUUAUAUUAUACAAAUACUUAAUUUUAAAUUAAAACAAUAAAAGAAAAGAGAAAACGAAGA